CAACAAAUUGCCCUAGUGUCGGGGAUCCGCUGGCUUACGCAUCAGACGUCUGCGAAUCUGACACUUGUGGUUUAACUGGGGCGGCGGUGCCAAGUAGACAGACCCGGCCCAACCCAUUCCUCCAUAUAUAAGCGGCAUCCAUCUGAAAAGUGGAAGGUGAUACCGCGCAUAAAAUCUCUCUAAGGUUUUUGGUUAUCUGACAGGUUCACAAUGUCAAGGUCUUCCCUCUAUGCUCUGUUGGUGCUGGUGUGUGUAGCAUUCACCUACUCUUCUGCUCAAUCGAACAGCUGUACAGGGAGGUGUGGGGAGGAGUACUACAGAGGUUACCUGUGUCACUGUGACUACGAUUGCCUCACUCACGAUGAGUGCUGUAAAGACUACGAGGCCAAAUGCACCACACUUGGCUCGUGUAAAGGACGGUGUGGGGAGUCCUUUAAACGGGGCAGACAAUGUGACUGUGAUUCAGACUGUGCCCAAUUUGGCCACUGCUGCCCCGACUUCAAGCAGUUCUGCAACCCAGAGGAAAAGCCAGCCAAUGCUGCUGCCGCCGGGGGGCCUAACCCAUGCCUAAUCGCUCACGCUAGCAAACCCGCAGAUGAUCCUCUGCCAGAGGAAUCAGAGGCCCAGAGUGACGGUGAAGAUGGGAAUGAGGAUAUUUCUGAUAGCGUGGUGAGCCCAACUGAUCCUCCUAAUGAGGAGACUCUGCCUCCUGCUCCUGAAGAUGGGAUCGAUGGUGAACCAGACAUACCAGAGGAGCCUCCUCUGCUUGAGGGCACAAGUGGGUAUGAGCCCCUGGCAACCUCAUUUCCUGAGACACCUGUACCAACCAUCGACGUGGUGACGCCCACGACCAGUGUGCAGGACGAUGUUGAGGCAGUGCUGGACGAGGGGAGGGGGGACGAGGACCCGAGUCUAGAUGACCUCAUCCCGCCCGCUGUUCCAGACCCCACAAGCUUCCCAUCUCCCGUUCCCGCCAGCCAAAUGCCCACCGUGAUGAACCCAGACUCAACACCACCUCCCUCAAAUCCAUCUGACCCCGCCAGCACUCAAGCAUCUAGCCCUGCACCUGAGGGAGAGGACCCGCCAGCUAGUGACUCUGCAGCUGAGGAGGGUAGCACUCUGGUACCAGAUGCUCAACAGAAGCCAGGGGAAAACACGGCCUCCACAGAGGCUCCUGCUUCCUCCUCCGACGACCCUGCUGCCACUAGCCCUCCUGAGGCACAGGAUGCUGUGGAGGACACCGGGACCCCAGCAGCAAAACCCACAGAAGCACAGGAUGCGGCUUCGACCGCACCUCCACCUUCGACCAGUGUAACUGUGCCUACGGAGCAGACAAAGGACCCCAAACCAGAGCCCUCUGCCACCCAAGACCCCUCGGCCACUCAAGACCCCUCGGCCACUCCACCUGCCCCGGAGGCAACAGUUAAACCCUUGGAAAUGACCCCCCGGCCUCUGGAGACACAGAAGCCAGGGGAAAACACUGCCUCUACAGAUCCAUCUGACCCCGCCAGCACUCAAGCAUCUACCCCUGCACCUGAGGGAGAGGACCCACCAGCUAGUGACUCUGCAGCUGAGGAGGGUAGCACUCUGGCACCAGAUGCUCAGCAGAAGCCAGGGGAAAACACGGCCUCCACAGAGGCUCCUGCUUCCUCCUCCUCCGACGACCCUGCUGCCACUAGCCCUCCUGAGGCACAGGAUGCUGUGGAGGACACCGGGACCCCAGCAGCAAAACCCACAGAAGCACAGGAUGCGGCUACGACCGCACCUCCAUCCUCGACCAGUACGACUGUACCUACGGACCAGACAAAGGACCCCAAACCAGAGCCCUCAGCCACUCAAGACCCCUCGGCCACCCCACCUGCCCCGGAGGUAACAGUUAAGCCCCUGGAAAUGACGGCGAAGCCUGUGGAGACCACCAAGGCCCCCAAAGCAACUCCCCUUCCCAGCAAACCCACCAAAGACCCCAAAACACCUCUCCUUCCCAGCAAACCCACCAAGGACCCCAAAACACCUCUUCUACCCAGCAAACCCACCAAGAAGCCUGAGAAACCAAGCUCAGUCAAUGAUAUCAAUUUCCCUGGGAUGGACAAUUCCCGAGACUAUCAGUCAGACGACAGCAACGACACCAACCUCUGCAGCGGUCGCCCCAUUAAUGGUCUGACCACACUGAAGAACGGGACGACUGUGGUUUUCCGAGGUCACUACUUCUGGACGCUGGAUACCAUGAGGGUGCCAGGGCCUGCACAGGGCAUCACAGCGACGUGGGGAAUCCCCUCACCCAUAGACACCGUCUUCACCCGCUGCAACUGCCAGGGAAAGACAUAUUUCUUGAAGGGUCGGAACUACUGGCGUUUUGAAAAUGAGGUCAUGGACCCUGGCUACCCCAAAGCUACUCGCACAGGUUUCGACGGUCUGACAGGUCACAUCACAGCGGCGCUGUCUGUGCCUGCUUACAUGAAGAGGAGAGAGUCUGUGUACUUCUUCAAGAGAGGCGGCCGGGUGCAGAAAUAUUCGUACGACCCUAAGAAGGCUCCCAAAUGCUCCGGGAGCCAGUCGUCCAGCCAGCCCAGCCAACCCAGCCUGUCCAUCCAGCCCAACCAUAGGGUCCACUACACCGUGUACACCCGCAGAACAAGACAAGCAGAAAAAUACCUGGGCAAGGAGCUGAGCAUCAUGGCGACCUGGAAGGGGUUCCCUACGACAGUGACCUCCGCCCUGUCCCUUCCAUCAAGACAGACAGUGGAUGGCUACAAGUACUACGUUUUCUCUCGCACGCGCCACUACAGCAUCAGGAUGGACGGGGAGAAGCCGACUGUGACCACGCCGCCCCGAACCCCUCAGACGCCGAGCACGUCCCAGAGCUUCUUCAACUGCCCCAAAACUACCCAGGCCUAAGGGACCGAUGGACACACACACACACACACACACACACACACACACACCUACAUAUCCAUUGUAACACAUUUUCACAGACUGACAUUUUGAAGUUCAGUAAAAAAAUCAUACUUUAUUUUACUUUCAUUGAUUACAAUUGCUGCUAACAAACACACGCACAAAACACAUUCUUCUGAAGUAGGACAAAAAAAAAAAACAACUAAAAAACAAAGCAAGCACACAACCCACAGGACUGGAGAUCUGGCCUUAAGCAGAAACAGAGAUACCAAGUGGAACUGUAGUUCUAGAAUUAUACUGGAAGUUUAAGUAAAAGUGGAGCUCUGCUGUAAAUGGCUUUACUUCAACGAACGAUCUCGGAAUCCCAUGCCUGAGAAGGAGAGAGAGAGAGAUGGACAAUCAGACAACACUACACGCUUCCUCCUGUGUGCAACAAGGAAUCAGAUUCUGUACAUUUUACUAUAAACUGUGUUUUAUAUAUCUUAAUAAACGUUUUAAUUAAA